UGAUGUUUUGCAGAGCCUCUCUUCACUCCAUUCCCCAAACCCGUCCCUGUGCCAGCAUGGGAGGGCGACGUCCAGCACGGUGAGCAGCGCCGGGUUUCUGUGCGCCCCGGGAGGAAGGAUGGGGUCCCCUCAGGGGUAUCGAGCUUCGUGGUGGACUUUCCUUCUGCACCAGGCGCCGCACAUCAACUUCCAGUUCGAGGCAGCGGGGAGCGAAUUUGCUCCAGAGGAUUUGGGCUACCAGCAGGCACUUCUGUUUCUGGCCAGUGUCUCGGGUUUGUGCUUUGCCAUCAGUCUAGUUCUCAUCUGCGUCUACCUGAUCCGUUUUUGCUGCUGCAGUAAUGAAGAUGAGGAGGAGACGAAGACACAAAGGGUUUGCUGUGUCACCUGGAGCUGCGUGGCUGCAGUUAUCAUCUGCUGCGCUGGGAUCGGCAUCGGUUUCUAUGGAAACAGCGAGACCAAUGAUGGAGUAUACCAGGUCACAUAUUCGUUGCUCAAUGCUAACCACACGCUAAGCUCCAUUGACAGUCUGGUCUCUGAAACUGUGGCCCUUCUUUCAGCCACCGUACGGGGUGAACUGACACAGCUUGAGGAGACGCUGUCCCAGAGGACUGAACUGGUGGCUGUGGUUCGGAACACACGCCGCCAGGCUGAAGCAGUAGCACAGUCCUUGGAUGGCAUCCCCUUCUGGAAAGAUGCCCGUGGAGGAGCCAGCAUCCUAGCAGAACAAGUUGGCUAUUUGGAAGACUACCGGUGGUUGGCCUACAUCUUAUUGCUGCUCUUGGACCUUAUCAUCUGUCUUCUCACCUUGCUAGGACUGGCAAAGCAGAUCAAGUGGCUGGUAAUCGUGAUGACUGUCAUGAGUUUCCUGGUCCUCAUUCUCAGUUGGGGCUCCAUGGGGCUGGAGACAGCAGCAGCUGUGGGCCUGAGUGAUUUCUGCUUUGAGCCGGAUGGUUACGUGAUGAACACAACCCAAGCCAGGACUGGACUUAGUCCAGAAAUCCUACAAUACUAUUUAACCUGCAGCCAAGAUAUUUUUAACCCUUUUCAGCAGAGACUCACUGUGUGUCAGAGGGCACUAUCCAACAUACAUUCGCAGCUAUACGGGUUGGAGAGGGAAGCCAUCCCCCACUUCCCAGCAGCCGAGAAAAACAUAAUCUCCAUCCAGAGUACUUUGAACAUCACAGAAAGUAAUUUCCAUCAUCUUGUAGCUCUCCUCAACUGCCGAGGACUUCAUAAGGACUAUGUGGAUGGCCUGAAAGGGCUGUGCUAUGAUGGCAUGGAGGGAUUGCUUUUCCUUCUCCUCUUCUCCUUCCUCUCUGCCCUUUCCUUCACCACAGCGGUCUGUAGUCUGCCCCGGGCUUGGAAGAGGUUCCAGAACAGGGACUCGGACUAUGACGACAUGGAGGAUGACGACCCUUUCACGCCCCAGGCACGUAGACCGCCAACAGUGCGCGCAGGGGGGGCUGGGCCCAGCUUGCCCAGCUCCUUUGGCCACUGUUCAAGCUGGGGCAGCCGGGGCAGCCUGCGCCUUUCAGCCCCCCCAAUUUCCAACGCCCCCGUCUCACAGUACAUGAGUCAAAGCGCUUCGUACAGUGGCAGUCCUCAAUUUGAGAGCAUCCCCCUCAUUGACCGUCAUUCCCCACCCCCUUCGUAUUCUCCCAGCAUGCGAGCGUCUUAUGUCGGUGCUAGCGAAGAAGUGGUCCUCCCCUGCCAGACCGGAUUACAGUCCUAGAUGCAGCCCAGAAGACCCCAACCCAGAUGCACACCAUCCCCAACUAACACAGAGAGACCCCCCACCCACCCAAACAUUUACUAGAAUACAACUUAAGUGAGCUUUUCUCACCAGGUGCCCCCUUCUUCACUUGAAUCUCUUCGUUCGCCUACCUUCUCUAAGAAAGGAAAGGAAAAGGGGAGGGAGAAAGAGACUAUUCCUUGGGCCGGGAGACAUUCAGUGGCGGGGGUGAGCAGUGUGAAUACAUUAAGAAAUGUAAAUAAAGAGAGGCAUGGUUGAGAGAUAGAAAGAGUGUGAGCCAUGUGAAAGGGUGAAUGAUAGAAAAUAAUUGGAAGCUGAACUAAUUUCAAAAUAGAAAUAGAAGUUUACAUAUUAAAAAGUGUGUGCAAAAACCGGUGAAUGGAUGGAAAACUAAAUAAAAACACUGCAUGGGUGCAGAUACGAUAGGUAGAUUGAAAGAGUAUAUGGACGAUGGAGACAAAACAGCAAAAGCCAUCUAGCUAGAAAGGGAUGCUCCCUGCUCUGACCGUGGGCAUGCCGGAAAAAUGGAGGACAACACUGGGUCCUACAAGAGACUUGAGAGAAUAGGGGAAUCCAUUAGGGGCCCAGAGCUACCCUUGCUUCCCUAUCAUCCUCCUUGCCCCUAAUUAGAACCCACACACACACUAACAAGCAUUUGGAACUUGCCCAGUUUAAAAUAAAAGGGAAACUUUAUUUUACAUGGUGUCCCUCUCUGAUUUUGCACACACAACUGUGUGAGAGAAUAUGCAGUCAUGGGGUAUGUCCGGUUCCCUGCCCUAAUGACCAAAUGAGUGGGCAUGGCCAUGGUGGGCAUUGCCAGGGAGCGUGACAGGCAGUACUUGGCCUCUCGCAACCCCCUGGGGGCAAAAAACAGGCCGCGGGGGUUGCAGGGCCCCCCUGCGCCCCGUUUUGGGCCCAGUAGGCCUCCCUGCAGCCUCUUGGGAGCAAAAACAGGCCGCAGGAGGGCCGCGCCGCACCCCUCCCCCCUGUGCCCCAUUUUGGGCCUUGUAGGCCUCUCUGCAGCCCUCUGGAAGCAAAAAUGGGCCGCGGGGGGCUGCACCGCACACGACUCCCACCGUUGCCCAUUUUGGGCCUAGUAGGCCUUUCUGCACUUACCUGGGAGCCAAAAUGGGGCCCGUGGGGACUUCUGGAAGAGGCAGGGAGGGGAGCCAGCAGUUUAACAACCGGUUCAGCUGAAGUGAUGCGAACCAGUUGAAUCCCACCACUGGGUAUGUCUCUAUAUUGCUAUUCUGCCUCAUGUUGGCGAGGGGAAGCAUAUUACUGGGAGGAAUGAUUGAAGAACAUUAGGAGUAUAUGCCAAGAGUAUGGUCAAGUAGUCCUCGACUUAGCCCAAAUUGAGCCCAAAAUUUCUGUUGUUAAAUGAGACAUUUGCUAAGUGAAUUUUGCCCCAUUUUACUAUCUUGCUUCCAUUGUUAAGUGACUCACUGUAGUUGAUAAAUUAGUAAUCUGGUUAUUAAUUGAAUCUGGCUUCCCCAUUGACUUUGCUUGUCAGAAGGUCGCAAAAGGUGAUCUCAUGACCUUGGGACACAGCAACUGUCAUAACUAUGAACCCGCCAAGCCUCUGAAUUUUGAUCAUGUGAUCAUGGGGAUGCCAGAAAAGUCAUAACUGUGAAAAGUCACUUUUUUCAGUGCCGUUGUAACUUUGAACGGUCACUAAAUGAACUUUUGUUAAGUCGAGGUCUAUCUGUAGCCCUUGACUUUCAACCACAAUAGGUACCAGAAUUGCUGUUGCUAACUAAGCAGUCAUUAAGCAAGUUGUGCCCAAUUUUAUUACUUUUUUGGCAUGGUUGUUAAGCAAAUCACUGCAGUUGUUAAGUGAAUCAUGCAGUCAUUAAACAAAUGUAGCUUUCGGCAUUGACCUUGCUUGUGAAAAGCCGGGUAGGUGGAAAUCUUGCAAAUGGCAAUUGGAAGACCCCAGGAUGCUGCAAUCAUUGUAAAUACCUGCCAGUUGUCAAAUGCCCAAAUUUUGAUCAUGGGGAUGCUGCUAAGGUCAUAAGCGUGAGGACCAGCUGUAAGUCGCUUUUUUCAGUGUCGUAACUUCUAAUGGUUAGCAAUGAAUGGUUGUAAGUCAAGGAUUACCUGUAUUUGCAGCAAGGUCUCCUAGGGCGUGGAGGUCAUCCUAGCUGCCCUACUGAACCAAGAAGGCCAUCUGCUGUCCGAUAUACAGCAGAUGGUAUAUCGGACAGCAGCAAUAUAGAAAGAGGCUGGGGGCAGAUGCAUUAUCUUAAUGACAUAGGCAAAGGUAUCAUUUCAUAAUGUGCAGAAGGUAAUAGUACAUCACUCAUGGAUUUCAUUAUAAAAAAAACCCUGCAUGGAUAUACACUAUAAAGUGAUAUGCAGGGAAAGAUGGAAGGGAAGAGAAAAACAUGACCAGCAGCAAGAUGGAUGGACUCAAUUAUAGUAGUGGGUUUACUUUGGAAGACUUGAAGGACCAAGUCCUGAGGGGGGCGGGGGCGGAAUCUUCAGUCGGAAAGAGCUGACAUUGAGUUGAUGGCACCUAUCAAUCAAAUUAAUAGCAAGACUAGGUAAUUCAAGUAACAUCAAAAACUAGAUCAUUAAUCAUUGAGAACUGCAAUAUAAUACAGUUUUAUACCAAAGUUCUAUCAACAUGAACAUGCUCAAUUUGUAUGAAAUGAAGUUUUGGAGAUGCCGUUGCUUCGUCAUUCUAUAAAUGUAAAGAAUAGUUCUGAGCACACAAACACACUCUUCUUCUGAGUAACCUCUUAUUUCCACUUCUCUCUGCAUUCCCUACUCAAGGCCACUUAAAGGGAAAAUGCAUCAAAACAGUGCAUUGUACAGUCAAAAUACACAUAUUGUUGAAAUUUAAAUUCAGAUAUCAAGGAUUUGAAUGGUGCACUCCCAAGUCACUGUAGAUACUAUUUCUUCUCUUGAUAAAGUUCUUCAUAGCAUUGUUAUAUCUACAACUUGAUUUUUCCCCUAGUUGUUGCGCAUCUUGGUAUCCUCUUCCAGUGAUUUGGUUGGGCUAAAUAUAAUGUGAAAAUGUGCUUUUUCUUAGCAUUGCACUUGCUGUGACACAGGUAAUCCUCGAAUUACUACCAAAAUUGAGCGAGAAUUUCCACUGCUAUGCAAGAUAGUUGUUAUGUGUGUGUUGUCCCAUUUUAUGAACUUUCUUGUUGUUAAGUGAAUCACUGCAGUUGUUGAGUAUUAUGGUUGUUAAGUAAAUCUGGUUUCCCCAUUGACUUUGCUUUGCAGAAGGUUACAAAUGCAAAUCGCAUGGCCCUGAGACAUUGCAACCGUCAUAAAUCCCUGCCAGUUCCUGAGUAUCUGAAUUGAUACUGUACUGUAAUGGUCACUAAAUAUGAAAAGUCACUUUUUUCAGUGCCGUUGCAACUGCAAACUGUCACUAAGCAGUUGUAAAUCAAGGACUACCUGUACUAAUUCCUUCUUUCCCAGAGACAGAAUGCAUGAAGCAUGGUGUCACCUUGGCCCCUACAUUUGGAAAAAUGGAUUCUGUAUUUCUGUUCAUGUACAUAGUCCUCUCAAAUUUCAUUCCCACUUAGUUUUAAAAUGUCUGGAUGAUGUUGAUUGAUCCAGUCACAAAUGAGUUUCUUUCUUCUUCUGAUUUCAUUUAGAAUUAUGUUAUCCAACAUAAGAAGCAUAAACGAAGCUGCUUCCAGGUUUGAAGAGCUUCCAGCAAAGCCCUCUUCAGAAAUAGCAAAAUCCAAGUUUAUUUGAUUACAUGACAAUGCUUCCUGUCAGUGUUGAGCAGUGGGUUAAGUCAGAGUUUCUCAAAUUUUCCAGCUUUACAGAUUGGCUGGGGUGAGUGGGUUUGAAAGGAUGGUUCUGCAUGAGUGGUGAGCAGCUUGCCUGCUUCUCGUGCAAGUGGGGAUUCAUGUACACAUGCUUGCCCACCAUUUCUGCAGCCUGGUUCCGAAUAGCUCAAGGCCUAGAAAUGGGCUGCAGCCCAGGGGCUGAGGACCCUGGGUUAAGUCACCUAUUCUUACAUUGCUGUUGAACAGUGUUGUCUCAACCAAUUGAGACUCCAUUUACAUGUUCAGAGUAAAGGAGGCUCUCAUAGAGGGCUUGUUCAUUCACCAAGUGACCACCACAGGGGUUGAGAAAACUAGAAAGCAAUCUGGUGAUGCUGUUCCCUGACACUCUCAUUAGUGCUCCCCUCCUCAGGAUAAUUCACUGUUAAAAGCCCUCUACCGACUUUCCCUUUUGUCUUUUGUUCUGGAAUAGGAAGCACUGAGCUGCAGCCACUUUGCCUAUCUACAGGUAGUCCUCGACUUACAACCGGUCAUUUAGCAACUGUUCAAAGUUAUAACAGACCCCUCCCUCAAAAGCUACUGAUGACCUGAGACUUCUGGUUGACAUCGCGGCGUAUUCAGACACAAGGAACGGAUCUCCGCGUUCCCUGUGCUGAGUUCUCCCUGUUCGUGGGCUCCGAGAGGAGCCAAAGCCGCCCUAUAGGGGUGGUGAAGCAAAGAGGGGCAUCCUGUGAGGUUGAGGAGAGAUGCAGCUCUCCUAUCAGAAGCAGGGGGUUUCUUUCCCUCUCAGCCACGGCAAGAAGAAGAGGCAGCCUAAAGGUGGUUGCUACAAAGCUGGGACAACCGAAGAACAACUAAGACUGGUGCUGGAGCAAAUAGGUGAACAGUGACUGAAACUGGGGGAGAGGAUUUCUUUUUGCCUUAAACUUACCCCAAGGAAUAAUUUGGAACUAUUUGCUCAGAACUAUUUGUUUAAGCAGCGUCUAAGCAUUCUGAGAAAUAUCAGACCAGAAGAGGAGGGCACAAGAGAGAAAAAUAAUAAAUUUUGAAAUGUAUAGAAAAUUGGAUUCUUGAAUUGGGAAGACAUGGUACUGAGAAGGUAUUUUAAAAUGCUGGAAUUAUUUACCUAUAAAACUUAUUCUGCUUUUAUAAUUGAUUUAUAACUAAAAUGAUAAUUGCUGAGUGGUAAUAUUGAAAUCUAAGCUGAGAGUGCCACCUACUGACAAAAGGGAAAACUACAAGACUGGAAAUACUUAUGAAAAGAACUGUGAAAAUAUUUAUUGGAUUAUUCCCAGCUACUCCAGGACUACUGGAGAUUUAAAUAUUAAAAUAAGCAAGCCACUUAAUUAAAGGGACCCGUGAAAGACUUCUGAUAACUUCUGGGACUAUUCAAGUGGAACUGACUAUUUACCUUCGGGAUAUAAAGAACUGUGAUUAGCUCACCAUUUGAAGGGCAACAAGGACUAAAUGAAUAACUUGGACUGUUGAAUAAAAGUGGAUUUUUUUCUUAAAAACAAGAUAAGAUGCUUUAUAAGGAACAAACAAGUGAAACAUUGAAGAAAAUGGCAUUAUUUUUUCAAAAUAAAAAGGACAUUAUGGAGAAAGGAUUUAAGGAGAUUAUAGAAAAAAUGGAAAAUGCUAUACGUGUAAAGAUCAGUAUGCCCAGGAAAGGGAGGAGCUAACAAUAAAAAUGGUGGAAAAGAAUCAGAUAAAAUAAAAGAAGACAAAGAGGAAAUAACAAAGAAAAUAACAGUGAUUGAUGAAUCAAACCAGGGGGAAAAUAUAUUAAGGGAGUUGAAAAGAGAAUUGGAGAUAUAGGAAGAUACCUUUGGAAGGAAGAUAGGGGCACGAACAGAAAUCUUGGAAAUUAGGCAGUAGAGGAGGAGGAUAGAGGUGAGAAAAAUACUGAGAUUGAACAGCCAAGAAGCAGAUGCAGAAAGAGAUAAAGAUCUCAGAGAGGAAUAUGGAAGACAAGUCAAAAAGAAAAAAGCAUAGCAGUUAAAGUAUUGAAGCAGGCAAGAGAUGAUGGAUAGGUGAUUUUUCGUUUUUGGUGGGGGUUUUUUGAUUUGCCUUCCUUUUCCUCUCUCUUUCCUUUCUUUUUUUUGUAGGUAGGUGACAUGAUUAGAAGUUAGGUAGGAUAGAAAGAAAAUGUUUUUAACAAAGGAUGAUAUGAUUAAAAGUCAGAAUAAGAGAUAGAAAUAAGAGAAAAAGGGAAUAUUAGUGUAUACAGUUUUAUAUAACAAAAUAAGAGUAAUAAUAAGAGAAAACAUGGAAUAAUUGAAUAAUGAAAG